CGAGGAUUGCAAGCUUGACAACUCGGAGAACAGUUCAAUAGUGAAACAUUCCUAGUGGAUAAAACAUUGUUUUCAACGAGGAUCAGCUCUAGUUUUUCAAAUCCUACCAAAUGUGGACUUUAAACUUGAAUAUAUACUUGAAAUGUUUACACCUGGUGUUGAUUUGAAUACCCACUUUGUUCGGUUUCAAUGGUCGAUGUCUUAUCGACAUGCUCUGUGAUUUCUCAAUGCCACUGAUUCCUGUAACACAGUUCACAGAAGUUUAAUUGUAAACCAAUUUUCUGUGUUUAUAUCGGGAUUUUUAGGCUCUAUGCAGAUAGGGAGAUGAAUCAAGAAUCAAUAGUUGAUAGUCUCUGGAACUAACGUUUGUCAUGGAUAAAUGUCCCAAGUGCGGAAAAACUGUCUAUUUUGCCGAAAGAAAGACUUCGCUGGGAAAGAACUGGCAUCCUAACUGUUUGAAAUGUGAAGAGUGUGGAAAAAUCCUAUCUCCGGGCCAACAUGCGGAGGGGAAAGGACUGCCAUAUUGUCACAAGCCGUGUUAUGCCAAGCUAUUUGGACCCCAAAUGAUGGGAUAUGGUUCCAAUGUGGUGUCACCCGCAAAUUUUAAGAGAAUCGGUGACGGUACACUUUAUAACGGAGAAUAUGAUUUUGAUUUGAAAGAAGUGUUCGAAAGUGGAAAAAUGAUACACAGUAACGGUAGUCCACAGCACAUUGUGAGUCCUAAACAGAAACGCAAUUCUCACGACGUGACGGAAGCCAAAGCAGGCCCAAAUCAAAUCAUGGAGUUCGACUUUUUCUCUAGGACUUUUAAUGGUUCCCCAAAGAAAAGUCCACAGAAGAACAUGUCAGAUUACACUCCGAGAGAACGAGAGCUAAUAAAGAAGAUAAAUGAAUUCAAUACUUACUAUGAAGGCAAGAAAAGACAACCCCUAACCAUCAAGGAGAGGACAGAUAAAUUGGUGAUAGAAGGACCACUUCGUAUAUACUGGGGGGUUGUGAAACCAAUCAAGUUACAGGAGUUUGACAACGUACCUUCAGUCCCAUCUCCGACGUCAUGGCGACACAGUUUUGUUCCUGGAGACCGAGUUCCAGAGUCAAGUCCAAGUCUAAAGAGGUCAAGAUCCCCUGAACCAUCAUCUCCCAGAGCAACAAGUAGAGGCGUGGAUGACAGUGUCAUAUUCUCCCCACCAGAUGGUGUAGUAAUGCGUAGGAAAAACAUCAAAAAAUUCAACACUGUGGCCUACCGAGGAGAUGCCCGACCCGAUAAAUGGAAAAGGGCUUCCAUAAAUGGACACAUUUAUAACUUUGAUACAAGAGUCUUCACCCCCGUACUGGGCAGCUGUACUAGUGUUACAGUAGAUAGUCAAUGUACAACGUAUGGUGCCAUCAAAACACUGCUGGAAAAAUUCAAGAUAGAGAACCAGCCUGAUGAAUACUCACUAUAUCUCGUAUCAGAGACUGAAGGUGAGACAUUGUUAAAGGAAACAGAUCACCCUCUGCUGGAGAGGAUAGCUAGGGGUCCAGAUGAGACCUCCGGGGUCAAGAUUUACCUGAAGGACCGUAUACUGACCGUCAGGAAGAACUCGCUAGUGACCCAGCCUGUUGUCGAGGAGGAAGAGGAGGAGGAGGGUGUGAUAGAACAAGAACCAGUCAAGGUGGAACAGAGUUUACCACACGAGGUUGAGCAGUUGAUUGCAAUACCAGAGCCUGUGUUACGCGGGAUACUGCAGAAAUUCAAGGAUGAUGAGGACAGGGAAAUAAGAACGAUACGAGCCAGGUAUGACCUCUCAAAGAGAAGAUUAAAGGAGAUGUUAAAAAACAAAGUGAAAAUGUGACAAACUGGCCAUAUGGAAUUAGUUGUGUUCCUUGUGUACGAACUUCAGUAUUUGGAGUGUAACACGGAGAAAAAUAGACUCUCAUGAUGCCAGCUGCCAGAAGUAUGCCAGUCAGAGACUAUGGCAAUAACCCAUUUUUGCCAGUUUCUAUCAAUAAUGAUUGAUCAAGCAGCUAUAUCAUUCAUCCAUACAUACAUGUAAUUUAGGGCAGUGAAAUAUGAUGCUCAGGUCCCAAUUGGGUCAGAAUCACUCAUUUACAUGUUUCAUGCUAACUUGACCAGUUUUCCAUCCUUCAUUGAGUACAUCGAUGUAUAGAAUACAUAAUUGUGUUCAGAUGUAUUUACUUCAAUUUGAAUUUCAGAUUUGUUAAUGUACAGUGAAAUUGUUGAAAUAUGAGAGAGAGAGAGAGAGAGAGAGAGAGAGAGAGUUUGAGCACUUGUAUUGAAUGACAUUGAGAAUGUACUGAUGCAUCUAUACUGUAAAAUAUCUCCUGUUGGAUCCACAUCAGGUGAUUGUUAACCUUGUGCGAUAGUAUUGAACUAUGAACCCUACAGACAAGUAAUUAUUACAUCUUUGUUCAGAUACACAAUUAUCUAACAUAUAAAAUGAAUUGGAAGUUUGUUGAAAUAAUAACUUGACUGUAUGAUGUUGAGUUCAGGCAACAUUCAAGUUUGUCAAGCAGUAUAUUGCAUGCUCUAGCUUAAUUAAGGCCUAAUGUCCCUCUGUUUUAAUUUCAAACAAAAAAUUAACAAUUACCAACAUUGAUUUUCAUCAACACAAAAGCAUUAGAUUCAAAUGGAAUAAGGUUGAGGUAUGAAGCAAGACUUACUUUUUCCAAAGUUAAAUUUAUGUUUAACCAUGUUAUGAAGAAAAUUUUACACAUUAAAUAGAAAGAGCUCUAAUUUAUUAUCACAGCAUAAAAUUAAAAAUAUUUAAAAAUAAUAUUUAGUGUCAUACAUAUUUUAAAAAUUCAUAUCAGAAAACACAAUGAAGCGUUGCUUUCUAAGUCGGAAUGUAUGCUUGUAAAAAAAAAAAUGUGUUCUUCAGCAAGAGUUAUCUUUCUUUAAUCUUGUUAAGAAAAGUAACACUACUAAUAAACAGCUCUGCAUACCUGUAGUACAUAAUAAAUUAUGCAAGUUUUUUAGUUCUUGUAAAGAAAUAGAAAUAUUUUAAUUUGUGUAAAGAAAAUAAAUUGUGUGCAAAUGUUUUAAGUUAGAAAACUAUAAAUAACUCUCAAAUCUUCUAGCAAUUAAAUAAAUACAAGUCAAUGUUUGAAACAUUUAAACUUCUUACCAAAAGGUGUAAUAACUGUGUAAGAAUAUUACAGUUAAUCAAGUAAACAGCUAAAUAAGUUACACCUGAUGAAACACAUUUUCGGAUAUUUUUGGAUUUAUUUCUUUGUAAAUUAUCUCUUUUAUCAGAGGGACAUUAGAUCUAAGUCCAAACUUUUUCUUGUGGAGGCUUCCAUUCCAUUUUUUUACUGACUGUAUUGGAAUGGUGUAUAGGUAAUUCAUUGUAGGUGCUCUGACAUGAAAACUGUAGAUGAAGUACUUUUUUUUUGAGUGUUUAACAUCUUUCUCCAAUAUUUCCAUUAUUAUGAAAAACAGAAUGUUGUUAGUGCUAUUGUUAGUGUUAUCAUGAGAGAAAUAUAAAAAAAAAAUUCCUGUAUAAAAUAGGGUUCUAUACAUUUUCAAACCUACAUAAUCCAGGCCACAGAAAUCUUUAGUUUCUUAGACCAAAAAAUUUCAAAAUUAAAUGUAGCAAGUUUUUAUUUUAAUUUUUUGUCUGUGAUUUUUUAAAAGC